AUGUCGGCUUCCGCCGCGCUGGCACGGGCCCUGCGCCCCUGGAGAAGGAGCUUCGUGCGGACGCGCAGUCCGCCGUUUCACGCCAAGGCGGCUGGGCCCUGGGCCGCCUUGCAUACGGAGGGUAUCGCCCUGGGUCUCCGGGCCCUGGCCACCGGCAGCUCCUCGGGGAGCAAGGCCGCCGUUCUCGCGGAGGCGGCUGCGGUGCCUCCGGAGCGGAACCGGAACUUUAGCAUCAUCGCGCACGUGGACCACGGGAAGAGCACGCUUUGCGAUCGGCUCCUGCAAUCUUGCGGCGUGAUUCCGGAGAAUGCGAGGGAGCAGUUCCUCGACGGUCUCGAGGUGGAGCGCGAGCGGGGCAUCACUGUCAAGGCACAGACCUGCUCGAUGCUGGUCCGGUCGGAGAAGGAUGGGUUGCAGUACCUGCUCAACCUGAUCGACACGCCUGGACAUGUGGACUUCUCGUACGAGGUGUCCCGGUCGCUGCACGCGUGUCAGGGGGCCGUGCUGCUCUGCGACGCCGUGCAAGGCAUCCAGGCCCAGACCGUCUCGACUUUCCACCAGGCCUUCGAAGCAGACCUGGAGGUGCUCUGUGCCCUCAGCAAGGUGGACCUGGACCACGCGCAGAAGGAGGAGGUCAAACGGCAGAUGUCCGUCCUGACGGGAGUCUCCACGGACGAAGUUCUGGAGGUGUCCGGCAAGACAGGACAAGGUGUUCCGAGUUUGCUGGAGGCCAUCAUCCACAAGGUGCCUCCUCCCAGAGGCAAAGCGCAGGCGCCUUUCAAAGCUUUGCUCUUCGAUGCGUACUACGACAGUCGGCGCGGCAUGGUGCUGCUGAUCGCCAUCCAAGAUGGGGAGCUGAAGAAAGGCAGCAGGAUCCACUGCUCCUACAGCGGGAGGAACCACGUCGCCAUGGAUAUUGGCCUCCUCUACCCCGACCUCUGCUCGGUGGAGAACCUGCGCAGCGGCCAGAUCGGCUUCAUCGUCGUGGGUGCGAAGGACAUUCGCAGCUUUCGCGUGGGCGAGACGGUGUGGCAGGAAGGUGGUGAGAAGUCCGGGGAGCCCUUCCCUGGAUUCAAGCCUGCUCAUCCUAUGGUCUAUGCCGGGAUCUUCCCGGAGGCCGUCAGCGAUGGCGAGAAGCUGGAGACGGCGAUGCAGCGUCUACUCCUCACCGAUGCCUCCGUGGAGGCACGUCGGGACAUCUCCCCGGUCCUCGGCUCCGGGUACAGAUGCGGCUUCCUGGGCCUCCUCCACCUGGACGUUUUCCGACAGCGCUUGUCGAGGGAGUAUGGUGUGGAUGUCCUGGCAACAUCGCCGACGGUUCCCUACCACCUCCUGAUGGCCAACGGCAAGCAGGUGGUGGUGGAGCAUGCGGGAGAUUUCCCGACGCCACCGGCGAUGCCGCCGAAGGAGGUUGAGGAGCCUUUGGUGACCGCCACCAUUGUCUUGCCUCGAGAGCUGACGCCCGGUAUCCAGCAGCUCUGCCUCGAGCGUCGUGGAGAGGAGCUCUCAGUGGAGCCCUUGGACAAUGCGGGCGAGCGUAUCCUCAUGAAGUGGAGGCUACCCCUCGCGGAGGUCAUCACGGACUUCUUCGACAAGCUUCAGGCUCUCAGCCAUGGCUUCGCGAGCUUCGACUACCAGCCCGCGGGCUACCAGCCGGUGGACCUGGUGAAGGUUGGCGUCCGGCUGAACAACGAGCACGUGGAUGCCCUGAGCUUCUUCGCCUUGCGUGCGAAAGCUCCAGAGGUGUCGCGCAAGUACCUCGAGAAGCUGGAGAAAGUCAUCCCGGCGCAACUCUUCGAUAUCGGCAUCCAGGCCGUCGUCGGAGGAAAAGUUGUGGCGAAGGUACGCAUCAAGCCAAUCAGAAAGGACGUCGUGGCACAGAAGAUCCUCAGCCACGGCCACAGUGGCGACCCCUCGCGCAAGGCGAAGCUCCUGGAGAGGCAAAAAGAGGGGAAGAAGAGGCUUCGCGAGAUUGCCAAAGUCCAAGUUCCGCCGGAGGCCAUGCAAGGCUCGAACCAGUUUUCCUGUAGCCAGAAGCUGCAGUUCUGCAGCCUCUGGGCGCCGGGGCAAGCAAAGUUGGUUCUCGCCCCACCGCAUCGAGGGCACCUGCUUAAGCUUAAGCGGCUCGAAAGUCUGGGUUGUGCGAAAGAUGCCAAAGCCCUGGUUGAAGGCUCAAGUUUGAAAAAAGGUCAAGAUGACUUGCUGAACCUCAGACUCGAACUGGUGGCAGCGCUGCUGCCCCACGUGGAUGAAUGGAACCAGACGGUGGAUGGCGCCGGUUUGGGCAAAGAUCUUUCAAAAGAAGUGAAGCUGCUGGCGAGACACACCCUGUGUCGCGCGGUGGUUCGAGAAACGAAUGUCCGUGACUUGGUCCGGACAGAAGAGUGGAAAGCCCUCACCGACAUCCUGAAGCCGGUCUUUAUUGGCUGCGGGCUGCCGAAGGACAAAGGUCACGACCAUUUGUCCAAAAUCUUCACCCGCCUCACGGAUUACAUCGACCAUCCCAGCGACGACCUGAUCGGGCCGCUCGUGUUAGCUCACGAGCGCUUCCGUGCUCUGGGCGGAGCUGAGUUUGGCGCGCUUUAUGCCAUGAUGGCGAUGGUGAUCCGAGCGGGAAUUUCCUCAAGCGCGCCCAUGGAGCUGCGCAGCUUGCUGCGCCGCUAUGAGCAUGCUGCGGCGGAUGCCCUUCCUGGCCUCCGCGCGGAGCUUGCUCGUGCGGUUGCACGUCACCACGGAGAUGAGUUGGCUACUUCCUAUCUUGCAGGGACGUCAUCGUCCUCGUCAGUUGCUGUCGCUGUUGAUCUGGCGGCAACACAGGCUACUCUGACUGCGGGUCGCGGACAAAGUGUUCCGGCCUGCGGGACCCGGGACAAUUUGUCCGAGACUGAGGAGCGCUCCUCCUCUGGUCCGACUGCGGAUUUGUGGCUGCAACAGGCUAUGCUGGCGCCAAAGCCGUCAUUUGUCGAUGACGGCUUUGUGCUCGGCGAGGGUUGGACUUGCCAGGGCGACGCCUACGCUCCGGCAUUUGCAGUCGCGCCCUUCCUUCAGAGCACGGCUCUGAUUCCC